AUGGCAUCUGUCAAGUCUCUGGAUCCGUUAUCGCCGACCGCUGUUGAACAGCUGGGAGAGAGAAACAGACAAAUAGAGGCUUCUGACGAAGAACACAAGAGCUACGAUGCCCAUCGGGAGGUGAGCCCGCAGAAGUAUUCCGGCAAGGAGAAUGGCAGAGAGGACAGUCCUUUGCCUUCGCCUGACGAGGUUCCAAGUACACCUGAAAUUCCGACGGACGCAAGGUUGAAUUCAUUACAAGCCUCGAGGAAAUCUGGAAGGCUUUCGAUUUUUCCGUUCAUAGGAACUCACGCCGAACAGAACGGAGGACUGAACUCGCCAGAAGAGAAGGAGCCUUUCCAAAGGAAACUGUUGAAAGGUUUGAAACGGGUCACUACUCGUGGAGAAUCUGGAAGACCACCCAGUGGUGUUCCCCAUGAGCAAAUUGACCUUUCGCACGAGCUUCAAAUGAAAAGUGAUUUGAAGACCAAGUGGCUCAUUGAUGCAAACAUCUCAGGAUUCCCAGUCGCUUUGAUCAUUUCUACACACUUCACCUCUGACGAACAUGGAACAAAACGUGUGCCUAUCCUUCUUCAAAUGCUUAGUCUGGUUCUCAGCGAUGUCACUAGCAACCCACAUACGAAAAAAAGAAGGUUCAAGAUCAGCUUGGACUACGCAAUGGGGAAUAAAAAUCUCCGGUGGUCUUUGGAGAAGAGUUCUAGAGACCUUGCUAUUUUGCACAAUAAAUUGAGACUUAUGCUUUUACAAGAAAACGUUCUACAAAAAGGUCACAAGGAAUUCGAACUCCCCAAAUUCCCCAAAUACAAAAACCAAGCACCAUACUCGAAAAUUAUCCAAGGAGCCCAUAGGCUAGAGACAAACGCAUCUUCAUUAUUAUCUGCUUCGCACCACCAAGAUGAAACCGGAAUGACUCCGUACAGUCUGUCGAGCUCUUCAAGCUCAAACGAUGAAGUUGAUAUCAACAGUUUGCAUUCGGGUCGUUCCAGUUUAAGAUUGCAUCGCUUCUUCAAGCGCAAAAAUACCGAUAUACUUACAAACGAGCAUUUCAGAGAGGCAAUGCAAGAGUACCUCAACAACCUGAUUCGCACACUGAAUCUCAGAUUCCAAGCUAAUAAACUGUUUCAGUUCUUCGAAAUAUCUCCCAUCGGAAUGCUCCUUUCUUACGAAACAGGCCGGAAACGGAAGGAAGGUUAUCUGUUAAUCAAAACCACUGCAAAAGCACAAGGAUGGAGAGUGGGCCAUUUGAAGGCCAGAGAAUUGAAGGCCAUGGUGGAGCGUCACAUUGGCAAAUGGUUCAUUGUUGGGCACAGCUACAUCAUGUAUGUUGCUGAUAUAAAUUCAACAACUCCAUUGGAUGUGUUUAUGGUUGACUCCAGUUUCAAAUUCACACUAUCCGGAUUUGGUGACACUCCAAUUACUCUUCAAAACCUGCCAGACUUUGUGAAGCAGCAACAGCAAAGGGAUGAUGAUGACGAUGAUGAUGACGAUGACGAUGGGCUUCUUGAAGAUUCGUCGCCUGUGAGCAAGUCGUAUCUAUCGUUGACCUUGGAGAACUCCGAGAGAAAGCUGAGUGUGGUUGGAAAGUCUGCAAAUCAGAUGAAGAAAUGGUGUUUGGCUAUUCACGAAAUGGCUAAGGAAACAAUCUGGUCAAGACCACACCGAUUCAAGAGUUUUGCUCCAGUCAGAGAUAAUGUCUUUGCCAAAUGGUUUGUGGAUGCUAGAGACUAUAUGUGGGCAGUCUCUUCCGCUAUUGAAAUGGCAAAAGAUGUCGUGUACAUACACGAUUGGUGGCUAUCUCCCGAAUUGUACUUGCGUCGUCCCGCAAAUGGAAACCAAGAAUGGAGACUCGAUAGAUUACUGAAACGCAAGGCUGAACAAGGAAUCAAGAUCUUUGUGAUUGUCUAUAGAAACGUCGCCAAUACCGUUCAGACCGACUCGUUAUGGACCAAGCAUUCGUUAUUGGACUUACACCCGAACGUGUAUGUGCUGAGAUCACCAAAUCAGCUGAUGCAAAAUGUCUAUUUCUGGGCGCACCAUGAGAAACUGGUUAUCAUUGAUCACACUGUUUGUUUUGUUGGAGGAAUUGAUCUUUGUUACGGAAGAUACGAUACUCCAGACCAUUCCAUUAUUGACGAUGCUCCUUACGCGUUUGAUUCGCAGGUUCCCUCAAAUCCGAUUGGCGGAGGUAAUGCUUUUAACUAUCAAAUCUUCCCUGGAAAAGAUUACUCCAAUCCAAGAGAGCGCGAUUUCAGUGAUCUGAACCAACCACUAGAAGAUAUCAUUAACAGACAGACAACUCCACGUAUGCCUUGGCAUGAUGUCCACAUGCUCACAUGUGGCCACAUAGCAAGAGAUUUGUCCAGACACUUUGUUCAGCGUUGGAACUAUCUGCUUCGUCAAAAACGGCCAUCUCGACUGACACCAUUGCUUGUUCCGCCAAGAGAUUUCACCGAUAAAGAGGUUGAAGAUUUGGGACUAAAAGGAACAUGUGAGGUGCAAGUGUUGCGGUCGUCAUGUUUCUGGUCUUUGGGAUUGCAGGAACCCGAGCAAAGUAUUCAAAAUGCAUACUUGAGAUUGAUUGAAACGAGCGAACAUUUUAUUCAUAUCGAGAACCAGUUUUUUGUUAGCAGUCACGAGCAUGAUGGCGUGAUUGUUAAGAAUCAGAUUGGUGAUGCUUUAGUUGAAAGAAUCACCAGAGCACACGCUAAUAAGGAAACCUGGAAGGCUGUGAUUGUGAUUCCACUGAUGCCUGGAUUCAAGAGUCAGGUGGAUAGCAAGGAGGGAUCCUCGAUCAGAGUUAUCAUGCAAUGCCAGUACAUGUCGAUUUCUAUGGGCGAGACUUCGAUCUUUGCAAGACUUAGAAGAGCAGGCAUUCGUCCAGAAGAGUACAUUCAGUUCUUUUCUUUGCGCAAAUGGGGAUACAUUGGUAAAAACAAGAUGCUCACCACAGAACAGCUCUACAUCCAUGCCAAGACGAUGAUUGUUGAUGACAGAAUUGCCAUUAUCGGUUCGGCAAACAUCAACGAGAGAUCUAUGAGAGGCACAAGAGACUCCGAGAUCUGCACCAUUAUUCGCGACAAGGAAAUGGUGGACACGUUUAUGGAUGGAAAGCCUUAUAAAGCUGCCAAGUUUGCACACACGCUAAGAAUGCGACUGAUGAGAGAGCAUUUAGGAGUUGAUGUUGAUUUGUACGAGCUUGUUGAGCGUCGCUUUGCGCAGAUAGAGAAAUUUGCUGCCUCGCUUGAAGGAUCACACGCUGCCACCACGAAAACUGGUGACGUAGUGUUAUCAGCCAUGGUUGAGCUUGGAGCUCGUUACGUUUUGAAUAUUCCAUCUGGAACGCCGCGGUUCAAGUCUAUCCUGACUGCUCCACGGUCUGCCAGAGAGGAACUCACGAAGAAGAUGACUUCUUCGUUCACCAGGGAGGAAGACGAUGCGCUUACAGACGAUCUGGAUCGGAUUCCGUUCGUGCACUCGUUCAACUACCGUGCCGGAGAGGAGAACAUUGGUAUUCGGGAAAAGAAAGCGUUCUCUACAGACUCCCGUGUCACGGACAAAACCCAUAGGAAUGAGGUGAACGGGUUUGGUCCCGACCAUUUGCAAUCUCCUGUCCACAUCAACUCGCAGGCAAGAAACACUCAGCUAUUGAAAGACUGGGCUAACUAUAGUUCCUCUGACACACAACAGUUACUUCCAUGCAUGGAGGAUGUUCUUGACUUUCUAAGUGACGAUGACAAGAAUAUUCCUAUUGAUGUUCUCAACCAUGAGAGAUGGGACAUGCUCAAGAGACUGCACUACUUGCAAAAACUGGUCAAUAAGGGUAAGCACGAGUCUGAAAUGGUUUCUUCGUCUCCGAAGGAGGAGAGCGGGAACUUCUCGUCAGGAACCGAGAACGUCAUUUCUCCUGAUGAGACCGAGCUCAAAUCUCCGCGGUUCCCGACCUCUUCUCUUUCAGAUGCAGACAUCGAGGACUUCAGCACCAACGCUCUACCGCAGGUUUCGCAGACGUUUGUCGACCCAUACUCGUUCGAGGACCCGCUGGAUAUCGACUUCUACGAGGGGCUGUUUCUGCCACAGGCGUUGCGGAACACGUUGAUUUACCAGAUGGUUUUCCACGUCCAGCCGGACGACGCCGUGCAGACAUGGAGCGACUACAAGAUGUUCCAGGAGCUGAAGGACGCGUUCAUGGUGCACCAGAAGACCACACGUGGCGGGCUAAGCACUGCAGAUGCGUACAACAGCGUCACGGAGGACUCUUCUGAGAAGGGCGGUGUGGACUUCCACGACGACAGCAUUGUUGCGAACGGAACGCUGGAGGUUUCCGCGGGGGAGCAGCCGCCGUCGAGCGCCGAGACCGCGGAGGCGCGUGCGGAGGUGAUCAGAAACGCGAUGAGGCGGUCCAAAAUAGCACAGUACGAGCGGUACACGCGUCCUGGCGGGUCGCAUGCGUACAACGGGGCCAAAGCGUCGACACUGAUGGGAUUGCCGGGGAUCUACGACUACGAGACGUCCGAGAAGCUGCUUAAACUGAUCACGGGCAACCUGGUGAUUUUCCCGACGCGCUGGCUCAAGAAAGAGGUAGAGUCGUCCAACUGGUUCUACACCGCGGACAAACUGCCUCCGGUGCAAAUUUAUAACUGA